UGCUACAGCACAGCCGACAGCCUCAGUCUGCGGCUCAUUCACUGUCGGUCGCGCUCGCAAAACACAAACAUAACGAAUAAAACUUUUAACUAGCAGUAUUACGCGAUAGUACAACAUUCUAUAAACUAUAAACAAUUCCACUUAAAGAACGCAUCCGCGCUAGAUAAGCAACAAGUGUGGCAACCCCGAACACCCCUUAGCGACCUAAAGCCGAAAUUCAUUCGCAGCAGCUGCGAGCGAAGGGAAAGAGAGACGAGGUGUGGAGAGAGCCAAAACAAAUCGAAAAUAUUGUUUGUUUUGCCACAAUUGUCAAACGGAGCUACAAUUAAAACAAAAACAAAACUAGCAACAACAACAACACAGAAUCAGUGCGAAGAACAACUAGGAACGUGGCACUUUGCAGCAAGUAAACAAACUUGCGCCCCGCCGGCCCCUCUGCCCGCGUGUCAUCAAAAUCUGUUGCAGUAGCUUGGAAAAUAAUUAAAAAAGAAGAUACAAACAAAACUUGUUUUUGUUUCUUCUUCUCCAACAUAGACCGCGAUAACGCCUACACGAGUACAUAAAUUAUAAGAAACUCCAGCGACAGGCACUAAACCAAAAAGGCGAAACCUAAUCAGACAGACUGCCAAGAUGAUAGCUGGCUAUGGACCCGUCACGCAAGCCCUGCUGGGCACGCUGCUCACCUGGGGCCUGACGGCCGCCGGUGCCGCGAUGGUCAUCUUUGUGCGGGGCACCCAGCGACGUUCACUGGAUGCGGCGCUGGGCUUUGCGGCGGGCGUCAUGAUCGCCGCCUCGUUCUGGUCGCUGCUUGGACCGGCCAUCGAAAUGGCCGAGAGCUCGCAUCUGUAUGGCGUCUACUCAUUCCUGCCCGUGGCUGGCGGCUUUCUGCUCGGCUCAAUCUUUGUGUACGGCUGCGACAAGCUGAUGUCGUAUCUGGGCCUGAACAGCACCAACAUGAUGAUACAGAUGACGCAGAGCAAGGACAAGGCCGACAUUGCCAUUGACGAGCUGAAGCGCAACGGUGCCGCCGCGAGUGCACGCCAUGCGUCCAAGAGCUUGGACAGCUUCUCGGAUUGCCUGAGCGUGCAGCACAGUGGCGAGUCGCGUCGCCGCAAGAAGGGCAGCAUUAGCGACAUGGAGCAGUGCACAUACACAGCGGAGGCGACGCUGGAACAGCAGCGCGCACAGGAGGCGUUGUCGCAAUGGAAACGCAUCAUGCUGCUGGUGGUGGCCAUUACCGUGCACAAUAUACCCGAAGGCCUGGCGGUCGGUGUCAGCUUCGGCGCUGUCGGCACCACGAACAGCUCCACAUUCGAGAGUGCACGCAAUCUGGCCAUUGGCAUUGGCAUACAAAACUUUCCCGAGGGUUUGGCCGUCAGCCUGCCGCUGCAUGCAGCCGGAUUUAGUGUGAUGCGCUCGCUCUGGUAUGGCCAGCUGUCGGGCAUGGUGGAGCCCAUUUUCGGUGUGCUCGGCGCAGUGGCUGUCACAUUUGCCAAUCUUAUAUUACCCUAUGCGCUGUCCUUUGCUGCCGGUGCCAUGAUCUAUAUUGUGGCCGACGAUAUUCUGCCGGAGGCGCAUGCCAGCGGCAAUGGCACAAUUGCCACAUGGGGCACAGUCUCUGGUUUCUUGAUAAUGAUGUGCCUUGAAGUGGCGCUCUCGUGAUGUGGCCACGCAACAAACAACAACGCAACAAACAACACACAUGUUCCUAGCAGCAUUCCACCAGGGCACAGGCACAGCAAAGGACUCGCAAAUCAUUUUAGUGUAAAUUUAAAUUAUCGCACGUACUUAAUGCGCAUUUGUCUCGUUUGUAAAUAGCUAAAAGGAACCAGGCUUUAUGAUAUUCGUAUUGUCUUGUUCGAACAAUUUUUUAAAAAUGUACAUAAUAUGUGUAUGUAUUUGUUACAAUCUCAGAGAACGUUGCCUGCAGCGCGUUUAACGCCAGCCCAAAAAGCAGAAGAAAAAUCAAAAAAAACCCCAACCGUAACUAAGUAUUUUUAUAUAAG